UCUACUAUUUCUUAUUUUCCAAAGGAAAUUGUGUUGAAGGGCAGGGCACAACCGGCUGAGACGGGAAAAGAUGUGCGUCCAGAACACCCUUUUCCUCCUUAUGUGGGCACUGAAUCUAAUUGAUGAAGCAACCGAAAGCCAAGGAAUUAACGUGUUUCAUAGACCAAGCCCUUGAAGGAGGAAGUUGUAGCCAUUAUGCCAACCCUCUUGUUGCUUUGCAUGCUUGUCUUGCUCAACUGCCUUGCUACUGAAUCCGCACCUGGGUAUCUAUAUCAUAUCUGUCCCAACACGACUACUUUCAACCCAAAUAGCAGCUAUGAAACCAAUCUCAAUUUCGCUCUCUCUUCUCUUUCCUCCAACGCCACCCGUGACACCGGAUUCUACAACGUCACCGCCGGCCGAACACCUCCGGACGUUGCCUACGGCCUCUUUCUCUGCCGAGGUGAUGUUACCUCCCAAGUCUGUCAAGAUUGCGUGGCGACUGCCGUUAAUGAGACAGUCAGACAGCGGUGUCGCGGCUUUAAACAGGCCAUUAUUUGGUAUGAUGAGUGCAUGUUGCGUUACUCAAAUGAGUCUUUCUUCUCCCAAGUUUCUGAAUCGCCCAGAGUUUCCAUGUGGAAUACGCAGAAUAUCACAGAGCCAGACCAGUUUAAUCAGGUGCUGGGAGACACCUUAGACUCCAUAAGGACUCAAGCUGUGAAUGAUCAAUCUGGCAAGAAGUUUGCCACUAAAGAAGAAAAUUUCACAGGAUUUCAAAGGGUGUACAGCCUAGUGCAGUGCACACCUGAUUUAUCUCCAGACCAAUGCGAUCGGUGUCUCAUAGGAACCAUUGCAAUCCUCCCUGAUUGCUGCGGUGGCAAACAGGGGGCAAGGGUCCUGUUUCCAAGCUGCAACGUUCGGUAUGAGUUGUACCCAUUCUACCAGAGUGUGGCCGCACCACCAUCUCCUCCGCCGGCUCGACCUUCAGAACCAAGCACUGAAGGAAAAGGUGGAAUAUCUUCAAAAACAAUUGUCAUCAUAGUUGUUCCAACGUUUGUCUCUGUGGUGAUCUUCUCUAUUCUAUGCUACUGUUUCAUACGUAGGUGUGCUAAGAAGAGAUACGAUACUUUAGAAGCGGAAAAUGUUGAGUUCAAUAUCACCACCGAGCAGUCAUUGCAAUUUGAUUUGGCUACAAUUCAAGCUGCUACAAAUAACUUCUCUGACCAUAACAAGAUUGGUGAGGGGGGAUUUGGUGCCGUAUACAAGGGUACACUUUCUAGUGGACAAGAAAUUGCUAUAAAGAGGCUAUCUAAAAGCUCUGGGCAAGGUGCAGUAGAAUUCAAAAAUGAGGUUGUAUUGGUAGCCAAGCUUCAACACAGAAAUCUAGUGAGGUUAUUGGGAUUUUGCUUGGAAGGGGAAGAGAAGAUACUUGUCUAUGAAUAUGUGCCCAACAAAAGCCUUGACUACUUCCUGUUUGAUCCUGAUAAACGAGGACAAUUGGAUUGGUCAAGACGGUACAAGAUUAUUGGAGGAAUAGCCCGAGGGAUUCUUUAUCUUCAUGAAGAUUCCAGGCUCAGAGUUAUACAUCGUGAUCUAAAAGCCAGCAAUGUUUUGCUAGAUGGUGAUAUGAACCCUAAAAUUUCAGAUUUUGGCAUGGCAAGGAUUUUUGGUGUAGAUCAAACUCAAGGAAAUACAAACAGAGUUGUUGGCACAUAUGGUUACAUGUCUCCAGAGUAUGCAAUGCAUGGACGCUUCUCUGUCAAGUCCGAUGUCUAUAGUUUUGGUGUCUUAGUUUUAGAGAUUAUAAGUGGCAAGAGGAGUAAUUGUUUCCACGAAUCAGACCAAGCAGAAGACCUUCUGAGCUAUGCUUGGAAACUUUGGAGGAAUGACACACCCUUGGAAUUUAUGGGCCCAACGACAAGGAAUUCUUUCUCAAAAAAUGAAGUCAUUAGGUGCAUCCAUAUGGGGUUAUUAUGUGUUCAAGAAGAUCCGGAUGACAGACCAUCCAUGGCAUCGGUAGUUCUCAUGCUCAGCAGUUACUCUGUUACUCUACCAUUGCCUCAACAGCCAGCCUCCUUUAGUCGCACGGGAGCACUGUCAGACUUUCCAAUAAUGGCACUGGAAUCGGACCAAUCUGCAAGUAAGUCAAUGACAUGGUCUGUGAAUGAAGCUUCAAUCACUGAUUUAUAUCCUAGAUAGGAUGAAGAGACUGGGCAAUCUCUAAAAUAACGACAUGUUUAAUUGUGAUAAAAUGAACUUGAAUUCUAAGCUUAAUUGUGCUGUUUGAAUGCUCGGAACCUUGAAAUGUAUUUCCAAGUUUCUAGUCA